AUGCUAAUAGAGGAGAUAGAGUUUUAUAAUAUCAACGGAAAAAAGACAACAACCGUUGUUCCUGAAAAUAAAAAACUGCAUAGAAGGAUCUUGGAUGAGAAGAGGACAUUAUAUGUCGGCAAUCUCCCCAAAAAGUGCCAUAAACAGGACUUGAGAGAUUUGUUUGAACCAAGUUUUGGCAAAAUAACCAUAAAUAUGCUAAAGAAAAAGCAACUCAAGAAACCGCCAAAAAGUUUUGCUUUUAUAGAAUUUCAAGAUGGCGUAAAUCUGAAAAAAGUUAAGGAGAAGAUGAAUAAUAAAAUCUUCAUGGAUGAAAAAAUUGUUAUUGAAAACAUCUUAACUAAAGAGGAAAAGAGUUUUGAAAAAAAUCAGAAAUCGAAAAAAAGAAGUACAACCGAUCUCAAGCCACUAUCGACGGACACUCUCUAUGUGAAAAAUAUUCCCAUGAAAUCGACAAAUGAAGACCUCGCCAAGAUCUUUAGAGUUGCUCCUAAAAAUAUAAACUUUGUAAGAAGAGAAUUGGUGGAUUUGAGAACGAACAAGGUUUUCUUUUCUGAUGAAUUUCACACAGGCGAAGCCUUCAUUAGGUUUGAUAACCUAGGAGCUGGAGAUAGUAUUCAAAAGAAAUGUCAGGAAUUUAAAGGCCAAAAAGCAAGAAAUGGUAGAGUAUUAUUGGUUAAAAUAGCUUCGGCCAAGAAGAAUGAACAGAAUCAAGAAGUAGAAGAUAAUGCAAAUAUAAAACAAAAUUAA